ACCGUACCCUUCCGUAUCUCUGUGUCUCCCUCUCCCCCGACUCUCAGUCUGAAGAAGGGUCUCGACCCGAAACGUCACCCAUUCCUUCCAUCCAGAGAUGCUGCCCGUCCCAGCUGAGUUACUCCAGCAUUUUGCGUCUAUCUUCUGCAGCUCCAGUUCCUUCCUACACAUCUGUAGGUUAAUUGGCUUUGGUAAAAACUGUAAAACUGUCCCUAGUGUGUUUAAGAUAGUGCUAAUGUACGGGGAUCGCUGGUGCGCCUGUUUCCGAGCUGUGUCUCUAAAGUGGCCUUAGCCUAGUUUGCCUGGUGGCUUUGUGCUGGUGAAGUGCCUUGUGUCUCUACAGUACGGGCUGGCUGGGCCCCGUCACCAUCUUCAUAUACUUCAUCAUCGGCUCCGUGGUCAACAAGGCUCUGAUGGGACCCAUUAUCCCAACCCUCGUACAACAGGAGAAGCUGGAGGGAGACUUCCGAUUCAAGCACAUGCAGGUCCGUGUCAACGCUGAGUCAGCAGCUUUCUACCGAGCAGGACGGGUGGAGCAGAUGCGAACAGACCGGAUACUCCAGGAGCUGCUUCGUACACAGGGGAGGCUGGUGACCAGGGAACUGCGGCUCUACAUCGGAGUGAACAUCUUCAACUACCUGGGCAGCAUCGUCAGCUACUUGGCCAUAGCCAUCCCCAUCUUUGCGGGCCGCUACGAUGGUCUUGCCCCGGCUGACCUGAUUGAGCUCGUCAGCAAGAAUGCCUUUGUGUCCAUCUACCUCAUCAACUGUUUCAGCCGUCUCAUCGACCUCUCGACCACUGUCUCUGAGCUUGCUGGCUACACACACAGAAUCGGGGAACUGCAGGAGGCGAUCGGCCGUCUCUCCGCAUCACGCGGCAGGCGCGGAGCCUCCACGCUCGAAGACCUGCCCCCGUCGCAUGAGAGCGGCUUGGAUUCGGAGGAGGAGGAGGAGGGAGAGAUGGAUGGGCAGGGGCAGUCUGACCACACUGCCUUCAUCCUGGAGCGGGUUUCCUUCACCGCCCCCUGGUCUGAGGAGCUGUUGGUGAAGAACCUGACCCUGAAGAUCACGUCGGGACAAAGCCUCCUGAUCAUCGGCAACACGGGCACCGGGAAGACCACUCUGCUCCGGGUCCUGAACGGAUUAAGGGAGAUUACCCAGGGCUCUCUCCGCAUGGCCACCUGCUUUGGGCCUCGAGGGAUUCUCUUCCUCCCACAGAAGCCCUACUUCACUGACGGGACCCUCAGGGAACAGGUGAUUUACCCUCUGAAGGAAAUCUACCCUCUUUCAGGAUCAGCCGAUGACAAAAGAAUUCUCCACUUCUUGGAGGCCACCGGCUUGGGGCCUCUGCUGAAGAGGACGGGCGGGCUGGAUGAGAGAGUCGGUUGGAACUGGUACGACGUGCUGUCUCCGGGAGAGAUGCAGCAGCUCACCUUCGCCAGGCUCUUCUAUCACCAGCCGGAGUUUGCAGUGUUAGACGAAGCCACGAGUGCCCUGACUGAAGAGACGGAAGCGGAGCUGUACCACAUCUGUACACAUCUGGGGAUGACUGUGGUCAGCGUGGGACAUCGCAGCAGUUUGGAGAAGUACCAUGACUCAGUGUUGCAUCUACUGGGAGACGGGAAAUGGGAGCUGAGUGCAGUCCAGCACCACACCUGAUCUCCUGCAGGGACAGGCUCCAUCCUCAUCCCCACUCGUGGAAGCCCAGGAUGAAACCUCUGCCCCAGCUAUCCCCCCCGACAUUGUGAUUAACUCUGAUUGCUUUCACACCGGUGGCACGGAACAACGGAGAAUGGCCCUGGGAUCUCAAGCACGUCUUGCUCCGUAGCUCCAAGGACAAUAUCUUUACAGUCCAAGGCCAUCUCGGAUCAGCUCCUUCCGAAUGUCCACGCAAGGAACUGCAGAUGCCGGACUCUUGCGUAGAACAAAAAGCGCUGGAGUAGUAACGCAGCGGGUCAGGCGGCAGCUCUGGAGAAAAGGCACAGGUGACGUUUCGGGUCAGAACUCUUCUCCAUUCUGCUGGACACAAAGUGUUGGAAUAACUGAGCUGGUCAGGCAGCAUCUCUGCAGAACCCGGGAAGGUGAUUAUUGCGCCAGGACCCUUUGGUUUAGUUUAGUUUAGAUAUCUAGAACAGAAACGGGCCCUUCGGCCCAACGAGUCCACGCCGACCAAUAGACAAUAGGUGCAGGAGUAGGCCAUUUGGCCCUUCGAGCCAGCACCGCCAUUCAAUGUGAUCAUGGCUGAUCAUCCCCAAUCAGUACCCCGUUCCUGCCUUCUCCCCAUUUAAGAGCCC